UAGUGACUGGGAGUUAAUUGAUAAUCAAGCAAUUGCUAUAGUAUGGCCUAACAUAUACUUCAAUACAUAUUUAGUGGCAAUGAGAUGCAGCUAUAUGAUAAAUAUACCAUAGUCAAACCUGUGCUAAAGACCACCUCUGAACAGAGACCACCUGGCUCUAAAGACCACAUGUUUUGUUUCCCAUUUUAACAUUGACAAUGUAUUUUAACCUGUGAAUAAAGACCACCUCCCAAUAGAGACCACAUUUUGGCUCUUCCAAGGGUGGUCUAUCUAGACAUGUUUGACUGUAUACAGUUUUUGUAAAUGGUGAUUUGUUAUGAGAAAAAAAAACUGUAAAUAUAAAUACAGUGUAGUGUCUUCCAGGCAGCUGCAUAUGUUUAUAGAAUCAGCUCCAAUAAUUAUUUCAUUUCUGUUGAAGUCAUAACUUUAUUUCACACAAAGUAGCUAAUAUAUUGCAAUUAUAUGAAUUCUAAUGUUUAUUGUGUACACAACUGAAAAUGCAAUGGAUUUCAAGACAAUGAAAGGAAUUGAUGAUAAUACACCAAAUAUUGACAAGACUCACAGAAAGCAGUUAUUGAUCAAUAAUAGCAGAAUGACUUUGCCUAUGAUUAUCAAAAUUCAUAACAGAUAGUAGAUGAUCUCUUUCUUUAAGGUGACAGUAUGUUAAAUGUCAAAAUCACAUGUCUAUGUACAUUAGGUGAUUAAACUGGGUCAGGAGGUCAAAAAUAAAUGUCACACUGACAUAUAAGAUAAACACUGAUUUAGGGUAUAUGAGUUAGAGAACAUAUUAGAUUAUUGUCAUGCUGCCUUAUAGCAUAAUGCCUAUGUUCAACAGAUUACCAAUAUAGUAUUUCUGCACAUAAUUUAUGUCAAAGUUUAAAUUCAAACCAUACUGAAAAAAAUGUAAGUUACAUCCCCAGUCACCACUGUAAUGGAUGUUAUCACAAUAUAACAUAAUUCUAUGAUUAUGAUACUACUUAAACAUUAUGUAUUCUUCUGUUUACUUUGAUCAGGGCUAUUCACCAGUAUAAAUGCAUCAUGGCCAGGCAGUUCCCAUGACAGCCAUAUAUUUAGAAUAUCCAAUGUGUGCAGAUACCUAGAGGCUAUGCACCAAGGUUUAGAAAAAGGUGUUCUGCUAGGGGAUAGUGGAUAUUCAUGUAGGCCAUUUCUGCUGACAUCCUAUCUCAACCCAACCAGUGAGAGAGAAGAGAGGUACAACAGGGCACACACAUCUACAAGAAAUGCUGUAGAGAGGACUUUUGGAGUAUGGAAAAGGAAAUUUCAUGUUUUGCAUUCUGAGGUUCGAAUGAAACCAGCAAAGGUCAGUAGAGUGAUUGUGGCCUGUGCAGUCCUCCAUAACCUGGCCAUACUUUGGAAUGAACCUGAGCCACAGGAGCCUCAAGAUGAUGAUGAGCAGCCUCAGCCAGACCAAUACCAGGGACCUCAGGAUGGCCGUGGAGUCAGAAAUUAUGUGACCAACACCUUUUUUUAACAUGUUCUGGAGUGACUGUGAUUUCUGCUAUGCAUACAGCAUAUUGCAUUACAAGGAAAUAAAAUCUGAAAAUUG